GCUCCUGCAGCUAUCCAACCUCUCGAGACAACGAGAACCUCUGUGAACUCCAACCUCAAAUCUCUCUCCAUACGCACGACCAGCGACCGACGACAGCAUCCAGCAAUCACAGACAUCGUCUCUGCCGCCUUGAUUGUUCGGCCGAUGUCAAAAUGACGGCGAUUUCCUCCCUGGCCAAACGAUAGACGCCACACAUCCCACAGUCCCCCCUCCUUUCGCCGCCGUCUGGACCCUUGGGCUACGACAAUUUCGUGUGUCGCCGAUCGAGGGACCAAGGACUACCUCUUCCCCCUUUGCUGGCUCGCGUUUGCUUGUUCUGUUCUCCCUUGUCUGAACAGAAGCCAUGGGCCAAGGAUUCUCUCUCGCCACGCCGUCGGCCGGCGCGGCGGGCAUAGACAUUGCGCAGCUGCAGGACAUCCAGUACGAAAAGAGCAUCGGCAAUGCGCGCUUCAUGAAGAGCAUCCGCGGCAGGCACGAGCACGGCGUGGUGCUGGUCAAGGUGCUCGUGAAGCCCUACACCGAGGUGAAGCUGGACAAGUACAAGAAGAAGAUAAUAGAGCAGCGCAAGGCACUGGCAGGCGUGCCAAACGCCCUGGGCUUCCAGCGCAUCAUCGAGACCGAGACGAACGGAUACCUGGUGCGCCAGUUCAUGUACAGCUCGCUGUACGACCGCAUGAGCACGCGGCCCUUCCUCGAGGACAUUGAGAAGAAGUGGCUGGCCUUCCAGCUGCUCUGCGCCCUGCGCGACUGCCACGCCCGCGACGUCUACCACGGCGACAUCAAGGCCCAGAACGUCCUCGUCACCUCGUGGAACUGGCUCUACCUGACCGACUUCUCCUCCGCCUACAAGCCCGUCAUGCUGCCCGACGACAACCCGGGCGACUUCUCCUACUUCUUCGACUCGUCCGGCCGCCGCACGUGCUACAUCGCCCCCGAGCGCUUCUACUCGUCUGCCGAGCCCCCGCCGCAGAAGCCCAAGAUGACGUGGGCCAUGGACAUCUUCAGCGCCGGGUGCGUCAUCGCGCAGCUGUUCCUCGAGUCGGAAAUCUUUAGCCUUGCCCAGCUGUACAAGUACCGUCGCGGCGAGUACGAUCCCGUCAUUACCCACCUGAGCGUCAUCUCGGACAAGGACGUCCGCGACAUGAUUGCGCACAUGAUCCAGCUCGAUCCCGAGAGGCGAUACUCGGCGGAGCAGUAUCUCGACUUCUGGAAGGACAAGGUGUUCCCUGGCUACUUUUACAGCUUCCUGCAUCAGUAUAUGGAGGUGAUUACGGAUCCGUCGUCUGGGAACGGGCCCAUCUCCGGCGCCGAGAGGAACUUGGGGGAGUCGGAUAACCGCAUCGACAGGAUCUUCAACGACUUUGACAAGAUUUCCUACUUUUUGGGGUAUCAAACGGAAAAGCAGACGGUGGAGCCGAUCAUACCAAAGUCGAGGCUUGGCCUGGAUCAUUUCCCUGUGCGACUGAGCAUCCCGAGCCACGAACAUGCCGUCUCUGCGGAUCUCGAGCCGCCAGAAGACGACGGGACGCUGAUCUUCUUGACGCUGGUUGUCUCGGCCAUGAGGACGACGGCCCGGGCAGCUUCGAGGAUCAGGGCGUGCGACUUGCUGUUGGCGUUUGCCGAGAGGCUCACGGACGAGGCAAAGCUGGACAGGGUGCUGCCGUAUCUGAUGACGCUGCUGCGCAAGGAGGAGACGGACAUGGUCCUCGUGACUGUGAUUCGCGCCGUCACUCAGCUGUUGCAGCUCGUACGGAUGACGACGCCCAUUAAUUCCCAUGUGCUGGUGGAAUACGUCUUGCCCCGAAUGGAGAUUGCUCUCGGGACAAAGUCGUGGACGCCCAACCCGCUUGUGCGGGCGACAUAUGCCUCUUGCAUAGGCAGCCUAGCUACUACCGCUCAACGGUUCCUGGAAAUGGCAUCUAGCCUUCGAGCGGAUGGAUCGAUGCCCAUCACUGAUCCCGAGGUUGAACCCGGAACGGACGGUGCUGCCGCCAACUUUGAGAGCAUGUUUGACAACGCGAACAGGCAGCUCUUUGAGAUUCUGGAGAGCCACACGAAGCAGCUUGUCGAAGACCCGGAUGUCCACGUUCGACGAGCGUUUCUGACGUCGGUGCCGGAACUGUGCAUGUAUUUCCAGGAGAAUUCUAACGACAUUCUUCUCACGCACUUGAUCACGUAUCUGAACGAUAGGGACUGGAUGCUGAAGAGUGCCUUUCUGGACACCAUUGUGGGCAUUGGAGCGUUCAUAGGCGGUACGAGUCUCGAAGAGUUUAUUCUCCCUCUUAUGAUCCAAGCCCUGGCGGAUCCGGAGGAGACGGUGGUGCGUUCGGCUCUGCACUCGCUGGCUCAACUGGCAGGCCUGGGACUGCUGUCUAGGCCAAAGAUCUGGGAGUUGGCGGACCUGAUAGGGCGGUUGACGAUGCACCCGAAUAUGUGGAUUAGGGAAUCUUCAGCAGAGUUCCUAUCCAUGGCCGCCAAGUUCUUGUCCAAGGCCGAUGUCCAGUGCAUUUUGCUGCCACUGGCCAGGCCAUACCUCAAGAUACAGCAUCUUUCAGACUUUUCCGAGCUCAAGCUGCUCGAUUCCUUGAAGCGGCCACUUCCUCGGGCCGUCUUUGACCAAGCGCUGACUUGGGCAGCCAAGACGGACAAGGGCGUCUUCUGGAAGUCAAUUCUAGGCAAGCGAAUGUCGUCAAGCCAGGGAGCGCUUACAUCGGCCGCUCUGAUACCCUCAUCGACCAGUAAGAUUAGCCGCAACGAAGAGGACGAGCAGUGGCUCGAGAAGCUGAGGAACUUUGGACUCAAGCCUGAGGACGAGAUGAAGUUCUUGGCCUUGUGCGAGUACAUUGCGCGACUCAGCACCAGCAAGGCGCGGGACGCUGUCGUUGUGGUUUCGCCCGCCCCUGAAGAAGAGAACAUGCCCACCGGCUUUGUUCAGCUGAAGGAGCUGGGCGUGACUAUCCAGACGGUGUUCUUUGACGACACGCCCCUGAAGGACCCCUCUGCCGUAAUGCCAAACUUGGACCCUACGCCGCCCGUGUCAGGGCCGUAUACCAUUGCCGAUGCGUUGCUGGACGCUUCCAUGACGAUAGACGAUACGCUCGCCAAGAAGAAGCGCGCCGCUCUCCCCUCGCACAAACGGGUGCAUAGCAUCGGCCCCCUGCCUUCCCGCAGCACGGGACGCCUGCUGUCCCCCACUGGGAGCGACAGGGCUAGCUCGAUCGAUUCUCGGGCCCUGAAUUCUCCCCUGGGACCUGGAGACGACGCCGCCUCGUAUUCUUCACGUAGAGGCAUACGGCACCAAUCGAGCGCUCUCAGCCUAUUGGACCGCAGAGAUGGCCACAAGUCUAUUCCGGAAAUUGGGACUAGCGAUGCCAAUGCGUUUGGAGAAGUGGAAGGGCCCUUUACGCAGACGUUGCCUGCGCAGGCCGUUUCUAGGCCGGCCACGGAAGGUGGCGAUACGGCCCGUCAGAGGCAGGUGAGGCACAGCUACGAAGGAACGGAUCCCCAUGUCAGGCGCAUGCUUGACAACAUGUAUGUCGAAAACUUCCCUCGCGAUGUGCUGGAGUUUGGGCCCAUGGUUCAGCCCAUCUCUGGAGACAAGAGCAGAUCGGUCAAUGUCCCGGGCGCGGAUCCUCCGUGGAAGCCCAAAGGCAAUCUCGUGGCGACGUUUGCGGAACACCGGGGGCCCAUCAACCGUGUCAUUGCGUCUCCUGACCACGUCUUCUUCAUCACGGGCGGCAACGACGGGACGGUCAAGGUGUGGGAUACGCAGCGGCUCGAGCGGAACAUUACGAACCGAUCUCGACAGACGUACAAGCAUGGUGAUGGUGCUCGCGUCGUUGCCCUUUGUUUUGUCGAAAACUCGCACUGCUUCGUCAGCUGUGCGUCCGAUGGCAGCGUUCACGUCGUCAAGGUCGAUACGGUUCCCUCGAGUGGCAUCAUUCGAUAUACAAAGCUGCGGGUGUUGCGGGAAUACCAGCUCCCUGAAGGCGAAUACGCAGUGUGGUGUGAGCAUUUCAAGCAAGAGCAAAGCUCCAUUCUCGUCAUCGCCACCAACCUAUCGAGGAUUCUUGCCAUGGACUUGAGGACCAUGGCGCUGCUUUACGUGCUGGAGAACCCCGUCCAUCAUGGGACGCCUACCUGUUUUUGCGUCGACAAGAAGAGGAACUGGCUGUGCGUGGGGACUUCCCAUGGGGUUGUCGACUUGUGGGAUCUCCGGUUCAAGAUGAGACUGAAAGGAUGGGGCGUACCUGGGAAAGGGUCGAUAUACCGGCUCUGCGUACACCCCACCAAGGGUAGAGGGAAAUGGAUCUGUGUGGCCGGAGGAACCGGGCAAGGCGAGGUUACGGUAUGGGACUUGGAGAAGACGACGUGCAGGGAGAUUUACCGAACGGGCGGCAGUAAGGAUGGCCCGAAGGGAUACACUGCGUGGGAAGUCGACGAAGACAAGCCCGAAGGGAUGCUGGGCCGGUUUGCGACCAAUCUCGAGAUGAGUGACGUGGCAAAUGCUGAUCGAGGCGUCCGAGGCAUGGUCGUGGGCACGGGGACAUCGGAGGAGUCUCGCGAAGUCCGGCAUGCGUUUAUGCUCACGGGAGGAUCCGACAAGCGGCUCCGGUUCUGGGAUAUUUCUCGGAUCGAAAACUCUUGCAUCUACAGCGGCCUCCAGCCGGACGAGCAGGCGCCAACCUAUGCCAGCUCGCACCCGACGACGUCGACCACGCUGAACACGGAGCGCUUCGCAAGGAACGCGGCGUCUGCGCCGAAUGCGGGGACCGGCUCGAGGCAAAAGGCGCCGAGGUCGACGGUGAUUUCGAUGCAGCAGCAGCAGCUGCUCAAGUCGCACCUGGAUCUGAUUAUGGACGUGGCGAUUCUGGAGUAUCCGUAUUCGAUGAGCGUGUCUGUAGACCGGUCUGGGGUGGUGUAUGUGUUUCAAUAGACAAGUUUGCUUGGUGCUUGGUGCUUGGAAAUGAGCUUUGGGUUGGUUCCAUGGUUAAAAGGAGGGAAUUGCUUUUUAUUUUAUCUUUGGGUGGUGUCAAAUGAUUGCAUUUAAACAUGAGGUAGGUUGAGCUUUGAGUGUUGUGUUGCUUUACAGAGGUAGAUGGAUGACAAUGGGGGGUUAUCGGCCUCGCCGGCUUUGCAGCAUCUGU